UGGUCAGAUGACAGACCACGUGAUGAAAACAAGCUUUGCGCAUGCGCGGUGGACUGUAAUACGACAUGCUUACCAUGAGUAGCUAUAGCUAAAUACACUUUCAUUUAAAUCGUGUUACAAGAAGUAUAGGAAAAAACGGAGGCGUAUAUCAGUUGUAUUAAGACGGUUUUCUUUAACGUGUGAAUGGUUAACACGCAGAUAAAAUACACAACAUUUUCUUCCAAUAUAAAUUAGACACACUGUUCCCAGUGGAAUAGCUAGCUAGCUAGCUAAUGUCAGAGUAAACAGAUUCAGGUUAGUUAAAUGGAGGCUGUGAUCUGACAGUGAUAUACUAAUCUAACUGUCAACUGGUUGCAACAUGGGAAAAAAGAAGCAGGGCAAACCUGUGCGCACAUCUGAAAACAGGGGCAAAGAAAAAAGGCAUAAGAUGAAAGGAAAAACCUUAGAGGCCUUUACAGAAGACAUGCACACUGCUUUUGAAGCAAGUCUUCACAUAGAGAAGGGAGCCGAGGCCCCUCAGGUUAAACUGCCUUGUCCACUUGCCAUGUGGGAGUUGGGUCACUGUGAUCCCAAGCGUUGUACUGAGAAGUUGGUACGAAAGGGCUUUGUACGCAACCUGCGCCUCAAUCAGAGAUUUAAUGGACUCAUACUGAGUCCAAUGGGCACAAAGUAUGUGACCCCAGCAGACAGAGAGAUUGUGGCUCGAAGUGGGCUAGCAGUGAUCGAUUGUUCCUGGGCUAAACUGGACGAGACUCCCUUCAAUAAAAUGGUCGGAACAUAUCCAAGGUUACUGCCAUACCUUGUAGCUGCAAACCCCGUCAACUACGGCAAGCCUUGCAAGUUAUCCUGUGUUGAGGCUUUUGCUGCAACAUUCUGCAUUGUUGGUUUUGAAGAGCUAGCAAUGCUUUUGUUGAAAAAAUUCAAGUGGGGGACAGUGUUCCUUGAUCUCAAUAAAGUCCUACUGGAGCGCUAUGCUGCAUGCCAGUCAGAGGAAGAGCUGCUGACUGUGGAAAAAGAGUUCAUCACAUCUAAACCAGAGGAGGAUGAAUUUGAUCCAUUUGAUGUUAACUCAGGAUUAGUAUGCGGGAAUCUCAACAGACCUUUGUGUGCACCUGAAGAUGAUGAUUCUAGUGAGGAUACGGACAGCUCAGAGGAUAAUGAAGAGGAUGAAGAUGGAGAAAGCAAGAAAGAGUCAACAACAGUGUCCCAUCAUGAAGGUGAUGAAGAGGAAGAAACUGAAUAAAAGUCAUUCAAAUAAAGCAUAUUUAAACUAUGGACCUUUUUAUUCUAAUACAAUGACUGGCACAACCUUUUUGAAUCUUAUAUAUAAUUUGCCACUAACCAGUUUUGUAUCAAAUAAAAAAAUAUAUAAAAUACA